CGGCGGCGGCGCGGGCGGGAGCGGCGGCGGACGGGGCGCGGGGUCACCGGGCAGAGGUCAAAGAGCCCCGGCCAUGCUGCGGUCGCUGCGCCCCAUCCCGCGGCUGUGCCCGUGCCGGUGCCCGGUGCCUCGGCCCGCCCCGCGCCGCCUGGCCGCUGCCCCCGGCGCCCCGCGGCUGCCGCUGCGGCGGCGCCUGGCGGUGGCGGGCGCGGUGGCGGGCGCGGCGGCGGCGGGCUGGCUGUACCUGCGGCACGAGAAGGAGCGGCGGCGGCGCGCCCUCCGCCUGGAGCAGCUCCGGCGGCUGGCGCUGGGCCAGGGCGACUUCCAGCUGCGCGACACGGGCGGAGCGGCGCGGAGCAAGGCGGAUUUCCUGGGCCGCUGGGUGCUGCUCUACUUCGGCUUCACGCACUGCCCGGACGUGUGCCCCGAGGAGCUGCAGAAGCUGAGCCGCGCCGUGGAGCUGCUGGAGCGCGACCCGGCGCUGCCGCCGCUGCAGCCGCUCUUCGUCACCGUGGACCCCGAGCGCGACGACGCGGCGGCGCUGGCGCGCUACCUGCGGGACUUCCACCCGCGCCUCGUGGGGCUCACCGGCACCGCCGAGCAGGUGCGGGCCGCGGCCGCCGCCUUCCGCGUCUACGUCAGCGCCGGGCCCCGCGACGCCGACGGGGAUUACGUGGUGGAUCACUCGGUGCUGACGUUCCUCGUGGAUCCCGACGGGAUCCUCCGGGACUGCUACGGCCGCUCCCGCACGGCCGAGGAGGUGGCGCGCAGCGUCCGGGCGCACAUGGACGCCUACGAGCCGCUGCCCGCCGCGCCAGGGGAAUAAACGGCGGCGGCGCCCCCGCCCCGCAGCGGG